AUGAAGAUACUCUAUAUAGGCAUCCUCCGCAACGAAGACAAACCCGCUGUCGAACUCUGCGCCGAACGCGACCUUUCCUCCUACUCCCGCUUCACCCGCACAUCCGUCGGCGAAUUCAUGUCCCUCUUCAGCAAAACCGUCGCCGAGCGUACCCGCCCUGGCCAACGCCAAGACGUCGAAGAGCAAUCCUACACUUUCCACGCAUAUGCUAGGUCAGAGGGGGUUGCGGGCAUAAUAAUCAGUGAUCAGGAGUACCCGGCGCUAGUGGCGCAUCAACUGCUAGGCAAGAUUAUGGAUGAGUUUCUGGCCAAGUAUCCGAGGAGUGCUUUUGCUGGGACAAGCGUGAAAGAGUGUCCGUUUCCGCAGUUGAAGGAAUAUAUUGUCAAGUAUCAGGAUCCGCAGCAGGCGGAUAGCAUUAUGAAGAUCCAAAAAGAGCUUGAUGAGACAAAGAUCGUACUCCACAAGACCAUCGAGUCAGUACUGGAGCGAGGGGAAAAGAUUGACAGCUUAGUGGCCAAGUCGGAUGGCCUGAGUGCGCAGAGCAAGAUGUUCUAUACCCAGGCGAAGAAGCAGAACUCGUGCUGCGCAGUCAUGUAG